CAUUCCGCCGCCACUCCCUUCCCCCUUUCCCUCUCCCCCCCACAGCGUUCCGCCGCCAAUCCCUUCCCGUCCUCCCUCUCCCCCCCACAGCGACCGUCGAUGUUUCCGCGCCAGGGAGCCGCGACGAGGCAGCGUGGCGGGGAAGGGCGACGGGGAAGGCAGUGGCAGGUCGAGGGGCCGACGGGGGGUAA